AUGGUUCGCGAAAAGCAGCCCGUCUACGUCCUCGGCGUGGGCAUGACCAAGUUCAUCAAGCCUCGUGGCAAGGUGGAUUACCCUGAACUUGGCUUCGAAGCCGGCGUAAAAGCUAUGCUCGAUGCACACAUCAACUAUGACGAUGUUGAUCAAGGUGUUGCAUGCUACUGCUACGGCGAUUCGACAUGUGGCCAACGCGUCUUUUACCAGUUCGGCAUGACUGGUAUUCCCGUAUACAAUGUCAACAACAACUGCUCCACAGGCUCUACCGGCCUAUACAUGGGAAGAAAUUUGAUUGCGCAUGGAGCUGCGGACUGCGUGCUCGUCGUCGGCUUCGAGAAGAUGUUUCCAGGAAGUCUGCAGACUUUCUUCCAGGACCGAGCAAACCCGACAGGCACGUCGAGUCAACUGAUGAAGGAGACGAGGGGUAUCACGAAUGCUCCCGGCGCGGCGCAGAUGUUCGGCAAUGCCGGUCGGGAACACAUGGAGAAAUACGGUUCCGAGCUCAGGGACUUUGCGGAGAUCGGUCGCAUCAACCAUGCUCAUUCGAAGAACAAUCCUUACUCGCAGUUCCAGGAUGAAUACACGCUCGAACAGGUCAUGAAGUCCCCCAUGAUCCACGAACCUCUUACGAAGCUCCAAUGCUGCCCGACUUCGGACGGUUCCGCAGCUGCAGUCCUUGUUUCGCAGGAGUUCCUCGACAAGCGACCUGAACUCAAGGAUCAAGCCAUCUUGAUUGCCGGACAGCGACUAGCCACUGAUACGCCAUCUUUGUUCAACCGCAGUGCUAUUGAGCUCGUAGGGUUCAGCAUGAGCGAGCUGGCUGCCAAAGAAGCACUAGCAGAGGCUAAGGUCACUCCAGAUGACGUCCAAGUAUGCGAACUCCACGACUGCUUCUCUGCCAACGAAAUGGUCACUAUUGAGGCGCUCGGCCUCGCACCAAAGGGCAAAGCCCACGAGCUUAUCCGCCAGGGUGGCAUAACCUACGGAGGCAAAGUCGUCAUUAAUCCCUCUGGCGGUCUCAUCUCCAAGGGCCACCCACUUGGCGCCACAGGCAUCGCUCAGUGUGCUGAGCUCGUCUGGCACCUGCGUGGGUGGGCCAACAACCGCUCCGUCAAGGACACCAAGGUAGCGCUCCAGCACAACCUGGGUCUCGGUGGCGCAGUCGUAUGCACUGUGUACAAGAGGCACGAUGGAAGCGCUGCGAAGGACAAGUCCGAUGAGGAGAUUUCCAAGAUUACUGGCUUAGGAUACAACCCUGCGACGGUGGCAAAGGGCUUCACCAAGGAGCAGGUUGACUCGGUGAGGAGUAAGAAGGCGAGGAGUGAGUGGGCGCUACAGGAUUCUCAGCAGAAGGUUGAAUCUAGGUUCUGA